AUGGCGGGCAAGUUCGCGAGGGUUUGUGGCUCGUCACUUUUACGAGGAAUUCGACGCCUUCGUGGACUUAAUGCUCAGCAAUGGAAAUCAGUAACAAGAGAAAACACAUGGAGACACAUGUCAUCCGUCUUAGACCGUACGUUUUUUUAGUAAAAUAGUUAAAUUCUUUCUCAAAUUUUGUUCUUUUGAAACAUGAAGUCACCACAUGCUAGAGGGAGUUUGUUCUGAAAUUUUUACCGUAUUUUAGCCUUUUUUAUCGGGGCAAGAUUGACUAUACGUCUGUAAUGAAAGUUUCGUAUUUUCAAAAGUUAUGAAACAGUUGAAUAAAUAAUAUAAGACUCGUAUAGUGUAGAUAUGUAUUGGGGUGCAUGCUAUCGAGAUUCCGUGGAAUUACGCAAUCCACAGGAUACCCAUUUUCCUUCUUCCUGCCUCUAUUUACUCAGUCAAGCCAGCUCAGCCAGACCAAGCGUACCCCCAAGAUUCCAUUAAUGAAUGUUUAUUUUAAAAUGGGGAAGAGGCGAGUCUUACUCUGAAAUGACAGAUGCGUUCCCACAAACUAACAUAAGCCGUAGGAAGGAAAGACUUUUCAGGCUAACUGGAAUUUGAGAGGAAUGGGGGGGUUCAAACCUAAAACCCUCUGUGUAGUGAGUACAGAACACAAUAAUUAAUUAGUUCUGACUUUUUUAUUGCAGUCACACCAAUCUUAUAACUGAAAUAUUUAGAAGAUAAUCCUUGGAAAUAUUUUUCAAUUUUACAAUACAUAGGUGUAUGCGGUGUAAAAAAGUACCACCUAGUGUUUUUUACGGAGAUUAUUUACCUGAUUAUUUUACCAAAAAUUUACGGUGGGAAAAUAUCCAUUUUUAAAACUUAUACUUUUCUUUUAUUAGCAAGUUUUCAUUCUUCUUUUUCAGCAUCCAUGGGGCUCACAGAUCAUCAAAGAGACUUCCAAAAAUUAGCUGCUGAUUUUGCAAAAAACGAGCUGGCACCUGAAAUGAUGAAAUGGGAUCAAGAGGUUAUUGUUGAUAAUUACUUUUACAAAUUUUGAGUCUUAAUGUACAUGUUGUAGUUAAUUUUUUAUCUCAGGUAAUUUUUGGUUUUCUUUUGUUUCAACUUUAUUAGCAUACAUUACCAUACCCCAAAACAAAAGAAAACCAAAAAUUACCUGAGACAAAAAAUUAACUACAACAUACACAUCUGCCAUUUACUGUUAUGCUGUUUAUUUCAACAUGGUAAGAGUACAGUCAACUCAUGCCUUGUUGUCACCCCCCUAUAACAGACACCCUGAUAAUAUGGACAGCAGCUAAAUCCCAGGCAAAAAUAAAUUGCAGACAUUUGACUGAAAUAAACUUCUGCUAUUAGGGCGGAUUCUUGCUAAUGAGGACACUAACUCAAGGUCCCUACAGUGUCCGCUGUAAAGGGAGUUGACUGUAUUUGGCAUAUUAACAUAUUUCAACUUGAUACAAAAGAACAUGGGAUUGCUUUUAUUGCAAAUUUACGAAUUGUAUGAUCUAAAACAGCUUUUGUGAUGGGGACAAAUUUACAAACCACAGUAAUCUGAAUUAGCAAGUCUAUGUUCUUUUGCCAGGAAACAUUCCCUGUAGAAGUAUUAAAAAAACUAGCAGCACUAGGAUUUGGAGGUGAGUAAAGUAAACUAUGUUACUAAAGAACAACUAGAUUCACUUGAAGGAAAAGCAGCAUGUACAAAUGUGUGACAUGUUAAUCAACAAAAAUAAAAUACAAUAAUGGUUUAAUUCUGAGAUAUAAGAAAAUCAGUUAAGUCAGGCUAAUUUGCAAACACAGACUAAACUGCCUUUUGCAUCAGGAGAUACUAAUCUUGAGGUGCAUUACAAUGGUUUUCAACAGGUUUUAUUUUUUUGGUACAUAAACAUGUAGCACCAAGGAAACGUCCUUUCCCCCACUUUAAUGAUUUUUUUAACUUUGCCAAGGUGCAAAGAAAGUAAGUUUUACAACUUUCCCUUUGGGCAAGCUGUAGCUAGGAAAUACUAGCCUAAAAGUCAUUUUAGCCCACAAAGUAUUAAUUUGACGAGCAGGAUUGUAUUGAUUAUGGCUCUUCUGUAAUUUGAAUUCCCUAAAACUUUCACUUGCAAGUAAAGAACAGCAUUCUCUAGGUCAGUAGAAACAUCCACUAGCCCUGAGCUAUCAGACAUGACGUUCUUUGCAUACUGUUUGAUUUUGCCAGCAUAAGGCCACUAAAGCAAGGUGGUACUUAAUCAAGGAUUAGCCUGCUGAGCAGAUGUAUUUUGGGUGGGCGAAAGCUUGUUCAUGUUCAUAUUGUUGUAGCCUCCAUCUUUGAUUUUAUGACAGAGGAAGAUUGGGGUCCUCUCUUCAGGAGUUUCAACAUGGUGCUUUCGCGAGCAAAAAUAUUGGUGGGCCCGAAGAAAAUGCCUGCACAGCAGGCUAAUCAAGGAUUGGUCCAUGUAACUGCAAAUGCACAUUAAGUUUUAAUGAGUCCAAUGGUUUUUCUAUCAGCAAUGUAUGCUAAAGAAGAUUAUGGAGGCAGUGGACUGUCCAGAUUAGAAGCAUCAGUAAUUUUUGAAGCUCUGUCAUCAGGAUGUGUCAGCACAACUGCAUAUCUUAGCAUUCACAAGUGAGACCCUCUGCUUAUGAUUCUUUGGGGCUAAAAAUAAAACAGACAUUACCAUGAAUAACACUGUUCGUUAUAAAUCUUAACUCGCUUUUUAAUAAACUAAGGGGCUUUUUACAUGAAGGGAGGAAGAUCCUAGAAGGCGGAACAACUUUUUGUUGGGUUUACGUGGAGAAGUUUUGGACUGUGAUUGUGGUCUUUCAACUCAUCCUCGUGAAUUUGACUCACAGUGCAUUCAAGACCUUGAGCAAUCAAGCAUUGAUUGUUACUUUCAUCUGCACUUUCUACUCUAUCUUUCGGUUUGAUGCUGUAUCUUGGAAAAAGAAAUGGUGCUAAAUAUUGGACGAGUUCAGAAUCAUCACAAUAAUUAGCUCGUGGUAACACCAAAUGACAUAGCUUUUAUUUGCUGUGAUUACCCACUGAACGUCCCGCUGCCAUUUGGUCUGGUUUGUCCCUAAUACUAGGAUCCUCUCAGCAAUAGCAUCACAUUGGGCUAGGAGUGCUAGGAACAAGUACAACUCUUUGCAUGUAAACUGGAUACAGCAAACACAAAGUGCUAGGAUGAUCUUCCCUUCCAGGAAAUUCUUAUUAUGUAUCUUUUUGAGCCGUCAAUGUUUACCUCUUAUUAUGUUUGAACAGUGGUUUUAUUUUUGUGUUUUCAGCAUGGCUGCAUGGAUGAUUGAUGAGUUUGGCUCUGAAGAACUGAGACAAAAAUUUAUUCCUGCAUUAGCAUCUAUGGAGGUAUUCCAAUAAUAUUAUUUUGUUUUAUCUAUGUCCAUGUCUGGUAAAAUAUGCUAUUGUACCAGCUACAAUAUACAGCUUAAUGUGGAAAUCCGAGCUGUGACCAAUAGUAAAAAUUUUGUCAAGGUGUGAAGGCUUACCUGUCCUGUUGAAAAAUUGCAUUUUGUAAGAAUUACAGUUGUAGGAUCUGAUGUUCUGCCACAACAAGUAGACAUGAAAGUUCUCAAAUAAGUACAUUGUGUAAAGUUUGCCCACAAUAGUUACCUGUUAAGCAUCAAAUCACCCUGGCUUUACUUUGGUGUCACGGUUCAUGGUCAUGCCAGCCAAAUGCGUAGGGCCUAGGUUGAUGUCAGAUGUCACAAUGCACUUACUGCAAGAAAGUUAGCUAUGUUAUGGUUUUCUGUAAAAUAAUAAUUAUUAUUUAGGACAUAAUUAUUUUACAUAAUAUUUUUAUUUUGUCUGCAUCAUCAAUUUUGCAGAAAUUUGCAUCAUACUGCCUAACAGAACCUGGUAAGUAAUUUAGUUAUUUGGAUAUAAGCUGGGCCCCUCUAUCUUGUAUUGAAAUAAAUUCAAUUUAUUACAACCUUUUGAAGCUUAAAACAGAGAGUAAUAAUAAGAAUUAUUGAUCUGCGUUGCUAUGAAGCUUGUUUUGAAAUGCUUCUUUUAAUGCCAAAUAAUAUUAUAAGUAACCAAAAGAAAACAAUGAAAUUAGAGUGUACUAGUGUGGAUUGGUCUAUUUAUAUUUCAUGGGUUUAGUACGCAAUAUUAACCCUCCUAAAACCCCAUAGGAAGUUGUAUAAGCCUAGGGCUUAUAAGCAGAUGUUUUAGGUAUAACUGGUAAAUUAUAUAUUAAUCUCUAUCUCAAAUAAAAAAAUGUUUGUCAAAAGGUAGUGGGAGUGAUGCUUCUUCACUGUCAACAACUGCUAGGAAAGACGGAGAUUGUUACAUACUUAAUGGCUCUAAGGUAACAAUGGAAGUUUGUUAAAAAUAUGGCAUAACAGGUUACUUAUACCUUUAGGUCCACUAAAGUUUUCAUGGUCUGCAGCUGAAACUCCAAAGAAUGUCUGAUUUCUUGUUGUCACUGCACUAAUAACAAACAUUUUACUACCAAUGGCAACAUUUCAAAGGGAUAAAUUCCAGCAACUUACACCGGCAUCGUUUUAUUAUGAUUAUGGUGUGAAGCUUGAUUUCUAGUUCUUUUUUACUAUAUUUUCAAAGCACCCUCUUGAUACAUUUUAAACGUUCAAUAUUAUGGUAGUUUUACCCAGGGUUUGAGCCAGGCCGCACCAUUGCACCAAACCCGCACUGCAAUUGAAAUUGUCCCUUAAAAAAGCAGCCAAGGGGACAAUAAAAUUAAAUUGUCCCCUUCAAAAUUUAGGGAAAAAAACUCGAAAGAAAGUACACACGAAGAGAUUUAGUUCACUACAGAAAUUGCAAGCUAAAACAGAACAUGGAAAGUAUAUUUUAUCAUUCUAAAGUAACGUUUCAGUCAUGCUCUACUGAACACAUACGUUUCAUGCUCUAACAGCUUCUAACCAAGCGUGGUGAACGCGCCUGGCAUUCGUUAACAUGUCACAUCGAAAAUGUGUUCGAACAUUAGAAAGAUGUUUCGUUCCAACUCAAAGCCAGAGUGAAUCAGAGAAAAAUGAUACAGAAGAAGAACAGUGUAUUAAUCAGGAAGAAACGGAUGAGGAUCGAAGGAAACCGAAAAAAAUCACGAGAUCACACGUGGUUGUGCUAUGAAAAGGUCUCAGGCGAUGUUCAGCUAUUUUUGUCAGAAGUCUAAGAAGACAAACCUCUUUGCAUCAGCAGAAGGGUGUACAAAUUUCUGUCCCCCUAAAAAUAAAAAUGUCCCCCAAAAUUUUAGCAAAGGGGACAAAUUGUCCCCCAGUGAUCAAAUCCUGGCUCAAACCCUGUUUACGUACGAGUAAAUGAGUACCAGAAGAUUUCAUGCUGUACUUGUUCUCUCCAUCAGCACUCAAGCUCUCUUAUUUGGCUAUUGGCUGUUGUCCAGAAAAAGGGUUAUCUUGCAUUGCUUAGUUUAGACCAGCUGCAAGGUUAAUACAGUAAAUGGAAAAUGUAAUGUGUAAUUCUAACUGUCUUUUCUAAUAAGGCAUUCAUCAGUGGUGGAGGUGAAACUGAUGUGUAUGUAGUAAUGGUCAGAACUGGAGAACAAGGUAUGUAUUUAACAAAUCAAUUGGGUCUGCGUAGCAAGAGUUUCCAAUCGAGUUAAUGCAUGAAAGUUACAGCAAGGGCAAAAGAAAUGGAAGAGAAGACUGGUGCAGAAAUUCUUGCUACACAGGCUACAAAUCAACAGCAAUUUUCCAUGGUCAUCCUCUCCAAUAUACCAUAAAAUUCCGAAAAUAAGCCCCUCCAUGUAUAAGCCCCUCCAAAUAUAAGCCCCCCAGCCCGGUAAUGCAAAAAACACUCCGUUAAAUCGCCCCUCCAAAUAUAAGCCCCCCAGGGACUUGUACUUAGAAAAUUGCCCUCAAAUACAAAGUAAAAAAAGCAAAAACAGUAAAUUUACUUCCAACUAUAAGGAUAACCCAAUCUAUUUUGAAACGCAAGUUUCCCUCCAUAGAUAAGCCCCUCCAAAUAUAAGCCCCUUCAAAAAGGGCCUUUGAAAAAUAUAAGCCGCGGGGCUUAUUUUCGGAAUUUUACGGUAUGCCUGCCAAGUUCCUAUUGCAAUUUUUUUCUCUCCAUUUGAUAUCUCAUUUUUUUAAAUCAAGAUUAAUUUCCUUCUCCUUACCUCAUUCAUCUUAUCAGGUCCUAAAGGAAUUUCAACACUUGUUGUUGAAAAGGGAACACCAGGUUUAAGUUUUGGCAAGAAAGAGAGGAAGGUAAUGUAGCUAGUCUGCAAAAUCACUGUUAAUAGUAUUUUAUAAAUUAAAAAUAAUAUAAUAAUUUAUUGUUUGCGGCUCACAUAUUCAUUGCAUGAAUGCUUUUAUUUUGAUUAGGUUGGAUGGAAUUCCCAGCCAACAAGAGCAGUUAUAUUUGAGGAUUGUAAAGUUCCUGUUUCUAACAGGGUUGGAGCUGAAGGACAGGUAUGUUAUAAAAAACCAACUCUUUGAAAAUAUUGUAUUUCCUCAAAAAAGUGCCCUGGAAUUUAUUUAAAAUUUUGGCUGAAAGGAGGGGCAUUUAAUCGAGGAGGGGGAAGGCCCUUAUUAUUCAACAAACUGUAAUUUAUUUUAUUUUAGCUAAAUUUUUGUAAAAAAAAAAGCAAGUACAACUGUAUUGAUGUAAAUGUAAGGUCAAUCAAUAUGCAGGGCUAAAUGUCCUUUGUUUAUUAAAACAGUGGUUGCUAAUCGAGAACCGUAGUCCCAUUUUACACUUUAUGCUAAUCUAUUGGUAUUCUUAUACGUUUAAAAAAAUUGAUCAUCUCAUCAUCCUGAGCAAUAAUAUACAUACGGUUGCAUUUUUCUUGUAUCCCUAUACUAUUUAAGAAAAUGAUGUAGAGGGGAGGGGGGAAGGGGGCACUUAUUAGAGGGGGGUGCUUAUUUGACAUAAUGGGCUAGGGGGAGAGCACUUAUUUGGGGAAGGGUGCUUAUUACAGCAUGGCUACUUAUUUGAGGAAAUAUGCUAGCUUACCACUGCUACAGAGUAAAGCCUAUUCUAUUUUGUGCAAAUACCAUUUUAUUUACUGAAAAAGGGCCAUGGCACUUUUCAAAUAUAUCAACUUCUAGGUGCAGAAGUUAUUUGAAUGUGGAGGUCAUUGACAGGCAAUGUGUAUAUAGAAAUAAUUUCCAUUUGCAAAAUAACAGUGCUUCAUAUAAAUUUUUCAUAAUGUAUUCACCUUGGGAAACUUUUUCAGGGUUUCAAUAUAGCAAUGUAUGGACUAAAUGGUGGACGUAUAAAUAUUGGUGAGCAACAGAAAGUCACUUAUGCUAUUUUGUUCUUGGAUGUUGUGUGUUUUUUUUAUAGAUUCCAAUUUCUUAGUUCAUAGUAAUGCAGGCGGACCUGGCAUCCAAGGCCUCAUUUUUUUAACUGUCUGAAUAAUAUUACAGUCAGGCCAAGUCAAGCGUACCCCCAAGAUUCCAUUAAUGAAUUUGUUACUUAAGAGUUGAAUCCAUUGGAUAGUUGUAGAUAAUUUUCAGUUUUAUCUCUGUACACACACGAGGUAGUUGUGAAAGCUCAGUUUUCUUGAGGGAUGUAAAUGCCUUGAAAUAAUUUUAUUUUAAAAUUUUCUUCAAAUAUUUUUUAAUCUGACCAAAAUUAACACAUAAAGGUUAUCGUAAAAUUUCACUGCUCAUUACGCAUGCAGGAAUGUAGAUUUGAAUUUGAAACUGGUUGCAGCAAAGACUAACGAGUUCAUCUUUCAAAUAAUCUAUUCAUUAAUGUAAUCUUGGAGGGGGGGUAUGCUUGACUGUAGUCAGGCUAACGUUAAUGGUGGAGUCAUCAUGAAGAACCAAAAAGUUAAAAAAACUUUUAAGGCCAGUUCUUUCUUUGUAAGAGUAGAAAUUAAAGAACAAUCUUUGCUUUACUUAUUUUUGACAUUUCAAUGUUUCUUCAGCAUCCUGCUCGUUAGGAGCUGCUCAAGCGUCGAUUGAACAAGCAAUUGAACAUGCCAAGGUGCGGAAACAGUUUAACAGACCUCUGGCAGACAAUCAGGUGAGAACUCUCACUGGUACCACUCAAGGUAUUUCAGUGUAAGUACGUGUAGAGAGAACAUGACACUAGUACAAAGGUAUUGUCACCCAUGACCCUUUAAGCCCCGAUAUCCACAUGCAAAUUCUCUAGACUCAAUAAGUGUUAGAAAACUUUCACAUUUUAAGAUAAAGUAAUGCCUUUAAAAGCUAACUUUUUGGCGCACAAGUAUUAACUCAUUUAAGUUACAUUUGAUACCAUGUAUAUUUUGGUAACAUGAAAUAUUUCACAACAAUCCAUUAACCAUAUAUUUCAGCACAUCCAGUUUAAACUAGCUGAGAUGGCGACAGCUCUUAUAACGUCUCGCCUGAUUGUACGUCAAGCUGCUAAUGCUCUGGAUUCCAAGUCUCCUGAUGCAUCUACACUGUGUUCCAUGGCUAAGCUGUCUGCAACCGAUCAAUGUUUUGAGGUUUGUUUACAAAAUGGGCAUUCCAAGUCUUUUGAAAUAAGAAAGUUCAGUUUUAAAGCAUUUCAGAAGGCAUGCACAUGUCACAGAUAAUUAUAGCUAUUAGAAUAAUUCCUUGAUGAAUUUUCCUUCUGUUGACAGAAUAACAGUGAGCAACAGGCAUCAUGGACGUUUUUGAGUUAAAAUCAAUCAAUGUGUAUGUUUUAGAUGGUGAAAACUUAAUAGGAGAGCAAAAAAAGGCACACCAAACUUAGUUGUAGUUGCCUAAUUAUUAACUCCCAUAUGAACAAAAAAACAAGGAGGGUUCCAGUAACUGCUAGAACCUACCCAGCCGGACCCAGGUGGCCAACUGGUUGUGCUAUGGAUGCCCAGUUUUCGGAGAGAACAAAAAUAACAGAACAAAAAAACAAGGGGGGUUCCAGUAACCCCUAGAAUCUACUCAGCCAGCCUCAGGUGGCCAACUGGGUAUGCUAUGGAUGCCCAGUUUUCGGAGGGAAAAGUGUUCCUUUUUUAAAUUCCUUAGUUUUUGAACUACUAGCAGAAAAUCACUUAAAAUAUCCUUGAGUUGAAAUCCUCAAUCCGAGCAGAUGGUACAUGUCUAAUGAUAUAGCUGAGAACCACAUCACAAUGUUAAAAUUGAAUCAUUGAUCGGUACAUAAUAAUACUUUUUGCAGCAAUGACACUAAAACAUAAAAAUACCACAUUCACCUUGAAAAAGGGAGCCAUUUACCCCAAAGCCUUGACCCUAUCUGCAUCUGCUAAAGCUACUCUACUCAUAAUUCUACUCUUUACUAUGCUUCUAGUCCACUGUCCAUGUACACAUAAAUGUUAUUUAUUAUUAUUAGCUUGGGAACAAGGUGAACAAAACUACUUUAUUGAACUUUUCUCCAGAUUUGUAAUGAUGCUCUCCAAAUCUUUGGAGGUUAUGGCUACCUAAAGGACUAUGCUGUUCAGCAGUACAUGAGGGACUGUAGAGUGCAUCAGAUUUUAGAAGGUAGUACUUCUAUAGCAUCUUAA